CUAGCAGUGCUUUCCUCCAGUUGUCCGCAGUUCGGUGUCCGCUCCAGUUCUCAUCGUAAGCAGCUGUGCAGGACCACAUACGGAAAGCAAGAAAAGAGAUAGCAUCGGGAGAGAUGUACGCUACGUUCGAUCGCCAUUCGCCGGCCAGUCUCGGCGCCGAUGUCCUCUCGCUGUCGUGGAAAGGCGACGCCGGCCGCGGCUGGCUCGCAGCCGGCAACUCCCGCAAGACGGUCGGUGUCACGUACACGGAGGCAAAGGACUGGGCAGAGGAAGAUGGAGAUUCUACGGAGCUAGCGACGCCGGCUCCCGAAGUCUUGCUGGAAAGACAAGGGAUGCGGAGAAACUUCAAUUUUCGGGAGCACUCUGCCGAGGUCGGUGAAAUAUUUUAGACGAUGGCCGUGUUUGUGUGCAAAGAAGGAGUUGUUUUGUUAGCUGUUGUGGCGUAGGGUCCGGGUGUAGCUAGUUCCAUGUGUGCGGUGGUCGAAUGUCCGUCGUUUGCCGUAGCAAGCCGGCCGCGUCGCAUGGCCCGAGCAUGAUUUUCGUUGAGCACCGAUUUUCAUAGGAAGGGACUGACCUUUGGAAACAGUGCAGCUAGUUAGCUCGCAUGUGGACGACCGUUCGCUGUCCCCGUCGCAACCUAGCGUCCCAUUUAUGUGUUAGCGCAGCAAGCGGCUAUAUACAGAGCUAGCUUGUAACGGCCCGAGCUCAAUAGAGAGCCAACAAGCCAUCUGUACCAGCUUCUUUUGACCGGCCUAUAGAAAGUGUACACAAUUGAACACCCAGUACACAUAAAUGGAAUCCAGUUAGUAAGAUCUGGAGUUAUAUUUUCAAAGAUAUUUUGAGACAUGGUACUACGGGUUGUUCGCGGUGAUAGAGUACAGUCUGUGGGAUCUACUAUGGUAGCUGGAGUUCUCGACAUUCCUGUGUGUGUUUGGGAGGGAGUAUUGCUACUGAAGGGGGUAGGGGUAGGUAGUCUGUACACAAGUCCAUAAUACUUGCUUACAGAAGGAGAUAGGUGGGAGUCAAGUGUUGAGUAUGUAAUAAUUUGAUGUUAGCAAUAUUUUUAGCUUACCACGCACAAAUGGAGCAAGUGAGUGGUAAGCAAAUGUUCUACAAUCCGAGGUUCAUUGGGUAUGUUAAAAUGUACGCCGUUAUCAUUGUAUUGAACCUCUCCCUCCUUCCCCUCCUCUUGUAGGUAACGAUAGUACAGUGGAACAAGCACCUUGACAAGAUUGCAACCUGCGAUGCAUCGGGGACUGUCAUAGUCUGGCGAAACCACAACGGGCGGUCAGUAAUGGAGCUCGUUAACAACAGGGGCACCCCCAUUAGCGACUUCAAGUGGAGCAACGACGGCAGCAAGGUCCUCAUUGCGUACACCGACGGCUACAUCCUCGUGGGUACGGCGUACGGGAGGCGAAUCUGGGCGCGCAAUCUGAACCUCGGGUCGUUCGUGACAAGUCCCUCGAACCACUCGCAGAGUUCGAAACUCCUCAGCUCGACGUGGAGUCCGGACGAUUCUCGGAUCGUGAUUGGUUCCAGUAUCGGGGAGCUGAUCGAGCUCAACGCUACUCACGGGGGAAUGCUCGUCUCAACCACCGAGGUCCUCCCGGGAAUCGGGAUUAUCGGACUGGAGUGGGUCCAGGUUCCGAAACCGGCAUCGUCUGCGAGUGUAUCCAGCUCCUCGGGUCGCGAAACAACGGCCGGAGACUCAGAGACGGUUGCUCAGAGAGAGUCUGGUGAGGGGGAGGGUUUGGCGCGAGGCCAGCCACAUUUGGACGCACCGGCAGACCCCAACAACCCCAGGAAUGGCAGCAAUGUGCGGCUCUCUCUCUACCUCCGCAACGGGAAAGUUGUCCUCAUGAACUCGUGCGGGGAUCAGCAGGCGACCAUAAUAAGGACUGGGUUGAUGGACGGGCGAAUGGCGUGGGCCGGGAAGGGGUCGAUUCUAGCCGUGGCAGGCUUUAGGAAGUCGCAGGGCGUGUCGACAGUUCGAUUUUUUCAGCCGACGGGACAGCUGAUGUUUACUCUCUCUCUCGGAACUAAGGAGCCAGUAACAGCCAUGACCUGGGCCCACGGAGACCAGAAAAUCUUUAUAGCGACCAAAUCUCUCCUCCACUCCCUCACGGUGCGGAGGGAAAUCCCCUCGCUUCAGUCCCUCUGCCAGAAGGCCAUUUCGCAAUACCUCCAGUCCAGAGACCAGAGUCACAAUCUAGUUCUCCCUUUCAAGUUGAAGAUGUCCGUGGCCGAAGUAUUUGAUCCAGUUAUACAGGGCCAUAUACCUCAGCCCCAGCGGUUGCUCGACUACAUUUCCUGCCCCCCACCACACUCCCACAGAACCUACUGCACCGUCAUCCCCAACACCGCUCCCGUGGCAACCUCCAAUCAUCACCACGGCAACCAUCACCAACGCCGACACCCCUCCUCGUACACGCUCUACGUGGAGCACCUCGGGACGCUCAUACCCAUUCUGGUCGGGCACAAGCGCAGCACAAAGAUCAGACAGAGUUUCACCAUUUCGCUGCCCACUCGACCCCAGGUGAGCACCGUGUCGUACAACUCUCGGCAUUCGAUAAUGGACACUUCGGAGAGGACCGAGCUAAGCGAGAGUACCGACAGCACGCUGACGGUACAGAGCCAUGUUCGCGGGCUGAGCCUCUUUUCCCAGGAGGGACACAACUCGCUCAAUACGGAAUCCGGGGUGCAGCUCGCCUGUCGGGAAGAUGACGCCACAACUGGCGUCGGUGCAGAUGCACCGAGACACUAUCAGUCGUUGACUAGCGAGGUCUUGCGCAACGGUGCCACAACAACAUCGUCAUCGUCAGACUACCCCCACCAGCUGGCCGAAGUCACGUCAAACGUGAUGGCGUCAAAGUUCAAGAUUCAGAGUCUGACGGAGACGCUCCCGGCCGACAUGGGCACCAUCCUCAUCAAGACAUCCUUCCUGCACAUCCAGCCGAGGAAAGUCAUCGCGUGUCUCCCGCAGCUGGAGGACCCCGACUCCGGGAUCGACUCUGACGCCUGUAGCUUGUCCGGAGAGAGCACCGGUGAGCCUGAAUCCCCACAGAACAGUCUUAAUUUGUCGCUUGUGCAACCAGACGACCUAAUCGAGAGCAUAACGUCCAUGGAGGACCUCCAACUCCCAAAGUCGAUCAACCUCGAUUCGCAGAGUCUCCGACCGAUCGAGGCACAGUCACCGCCGUCUUUUCGGUCCCAUUCCAAUUCCUGCGGACCCAGUUUCGGGAUGGGACGGGCCCAGAUCAGCGGGGGCGGGAUCAGUGGUAGCACGGUGGGGAGUCUGUCUCCGUCCAGUAGCUCGUCGUCGUCGACUGAACCGCACGUCCAGAUUCACAGCAAGACGCCGACGUGGAACGAGCAGCACAUGAUCUAUCAGUUGGAUUUCGGUGGCAGAGUCACCACAAAGUCGGCCAAGAACUUUCAGCUGGAGCUAGAUGGAGAACAGGUGUUGCAGUUUGGAAAGAUAGACAGUGGAUCGUUCAUUCUAGACUUUCAGGCACCGUUUUCUCCCGUCCAAGCUUUUGCCACGGCCCUAGCAAACUUGGUCUGAAAAUUCCUUCUCUUCUUUCCCUCUCUAUCUCUCUCUCUUUUUUUUCCCACAAAAGAUGAACGUUUUUUCAAUCAAUGAUCUUUUGAAGCCCUCGUGUUUUAUUAUUUCAGCCCAUCACAAAACUAAGAUUAAUAUUAUUUUUAACAGUUUUUUUUCGCUCUCUGAGGUGUAUAAUUUGUGUAUACUUCAUUCGUGUAUGUUUAUAUGCUACAUUUUCUCAUCUUUUCACCAUACAAAAAUGUACAUAAAUCAAUAUUUCAAAAUCUAUACUAUAUGCAUACACACUAAGAGCUAAAAAUACAAAGUAUGAUCUCGUCGGUGGUUCAAAAGUUAAGGUAACCUAAUCCUAACGUGUAGUCUAAACUCAUUAAAGUCAGUAGGUUAAAGUUCAGGGUAUGCAUCUAUAUAAUUAUAUAGGCUGUGGGUUAAAGGUCAAGGGAGUUAGAUCUCUGUGAGCUUGGUCUCUGGUGUGCGUGCUCGCCCUCCAGGGGGCGGAGUGCGAGGACGCUCGGCCCCAUGUGGGGGCGGGGUCGUCCUGGAUCGGAGUGGACCCUGUGUC